AUGCGCUCGCAAGCAUUGAGCGCCCUGUUCCUCGUCUCCGCAGCAAUCCGAAGCGUUUCGGCUCAGAGCUCGACAGCGUGCAACAAUAGCCCCGACCUUUGCUCCAGGCAGUACAACAACAUUACCUAUUUGGGUACUCAUAAUGCUCCGUUUCUUCGCGAUGCCUCAACAGACUACUCGACAUCUGGCAACCAGUUCUACAACACCUCUGCUCAGCUGUCUGCUGGUGUGCGACUGUUGACUGCCCAAGUCCAAACGCCGGACAACAGCACUUCACUUCAUGUCUGCCAUACAAGUUGUUCUCUGCUCGACGCAGGAACACUGAGCAGCUGGCUCUCCGAAGUCAAGACGUGGCUCGACUCCAACGCGAAUGAGGUAGUAACAAUCUUGCUGGUCAAUGGCGCAAGUGCGAGUGCUUCAGAUUUGGCAGCUGCAUACACUUCAGCGGGCUUGGACUCGUACUCCUACACUCCGGCAGUCACCUCGGCGUCGAGCACAUGGCCUACACUUGAAUCUCUCAUCAGCAAUGGCACGAGAGCAAUGAACUUCGUGGCGACCCUAGACGACAAUUCAGCCGCGCCAUAUCUCAUGAACGAGUUCACCUACAUCGUCGAGAACAGCUACGAGAAUACUGCACCAACAGACUAUUCUUGUGACGUGGAUCGGCCAAGUAGCCUUGCCAAUCAGACCGCCUCAGCAAUGAGCCAAGGCUACAUGACUCUGAUGAACCACUUCCUGUACGAACAGCAGAUCUUCAACAUCCAAAGUCCGAAUGAAUCGUAUGCUCCCACCACCAACGCACCCAGCGGUGGUACUGGCAAUCUCGGGGAUUCUGCGGACGAAUGCACGACUGCUUACGGCAAGGCCCCAAAUUUCUUACUUGUGGACUUCUUCAAUAUGGGUCCGAGCAUCUCAACCGCUGACAGGCUGAAUGGACUGGGCAGCGCGACUGCUCGUCUAAGCCUGCCCGCCACUGCUCCUGACGAAAGCACUGCUUCCAUCUCCAUUCCAAGAACAUCGACAGUGUAUUUAGGCCUCAGUUCGGCCUUGGUUGCAUUUUUCUCCUUAUGA